AAACUCGUUCAACCCCCCGAUCAGAUCCUGGAUCUAUAUGAUAUCUAUCUCAAGCUGCAGGCCCUAAGGCGAACGCUUUUGUUAAUUGGAUCAAAAACUGGAAGGGAAAAGGAAAACCGCAUCGCGUCGAGAAGUCAAGGCGGACGCAAAAAUGGCGAUCACGAAGAGGAAGAUUUGCGUGGCCCUCCUAUCAAUCAUAUGUUUUAUCGCCACCAUUUCUAUCAUUCAGGCUAAUGCAACCAAGGAUUUGAAGGAAGUCACACACAAGGUUUUCUUUGAUGUGGAGAUUGAUGGAAAGCCUGCUGGUCGCAUUGUGAUGGGUCUCUUCGGUAAAACUGUACCAAAAACUGCUGAGAAUUUUCGAGCACUUUGCACAGGUGAAAAAGGUGUAGGCAAAAGUGGAAAACCACUUCACUUCAAGGGAAGCUCAUUCCACCGAAUCAUUCCUAGUUUUAUGAUCCAGGGAGGCGAUUUCACUCUCGGCGAUGGCAGAGGAGGAGAAUCCAUUUAUGGAGCGAAAUUUGCUGAUGAGAACUUCAAAAUCAAGCACACAGGACCAGGAUUGUUGUCAAUGGCAAAUGCUGGCCGUGAUACUAAUGGAUCACAGUUCUUCAUCACAACAGUUACAACAAGCUGGUUGGAUGGGAAGCAUGUCGUCUUUGGUAAGGUGCUGUCUGGUAUGGAUGUGGUAUACAAAAUUGAAGCCGAAGGCAAACAAAAUGGAACUCCUAAAAGCAAGGUUGUGAUCGCUGACAGUGGGGAUCUGCCUUUGUGAAAUGGUAAUGCCUUCAUUAGAUUAUAAGUUACAUAUUGUUUGUGUUAGAAUAAUGGAUAUUCUAUGGACCUGUUAAAUGUUCUGAAGUUGAGCUUGGAUGCUUCAAGUUUCUGGUUGAGAAUCUUUGAGUACAGUUUGUACUGACCAUAAUUUCUCUCUUUUUUUUCCGGAAGAAGUGAUAUUUUUCAUCACAAAAACAUUGGUGAUGGUGGAUAAGAAUUUGUUUUGCUUUUUA